AUGAACCUGAAUCAUGGGAAUAUGAUGAAUGGUAUAACGGCAAAGGAUCAGUAUGAUAAUUUGGCAAAUAUGAUAUCAAACUCGAAGGAUAAUCUUGGAUCGAAUUAUGAGAAAUUGAUGGGAUUGGCGGAUCAUUGUGAGCAGGAAUAUUUGGCGCAUCCGGAUAAACCGAUGGUGAUGGGCGAAAACAAACGGCGAUUAGUUCAAGCGCUAAAUAGCGUGACCGCACAAAUCAAUAACAUGGCGAUGAGCUGCCUGGAUAUGCUGGAUAUGCAAACGGCAAGAGUGGAAGGGCUGACAAAUCAUAUGAAUAGCCUGGAUUUGAAAGUCGCAAUACAUAAAGAAAAAAUGGCGCGCCGAGAUAUUGGAGUGUUAACGGAAAGUCGACAUAUUAUGAGACAACAUCGGAUUAUCCCGCCGGCAGUGAAGGAACCUGCUACCCGCUACAAACGAACCCCAAUCGACUACAGUGUACUUGACCAAGUCGGCCAUGGCGUGAAAACGCGAGAAGAACCCCUCCGAGCUUUCCAUACCAUCUCCAGAGCAGCGUCCUCGGCUGCACCCUCAAAUUAUGGAAAUUUUUAUGGCCAAGUUGGUGGCGGACAGAAUAAUCAUAAUGCGGCGGCGAGUACGUGGAGUCGAGCGUCUGUUUUCCGGAACAUCGAGCCGAUCCCGAUGGAUCCGGAGGAUCAGCCAUUUCCCCCACCUCCCGCAUCUACCUACGCCCAGUCUAUCUCUGAUAGCAUAGGAAUGCCGCGGUAUAUGUCGACGCCAUUUGGUCAAGGAUAUUCCGACAAUAGCACCCUGUAUGAACAAGACGACAUGAAAUCCACCCACUUCGGUGCCCAAUCUACCGUAUCCUCAGCCGACACUAGCCUCCCCUCCACCCUCCCUGUCAAUUGGAUUCCGACGGACUUUAUUGAAAAGGCCAUCGUUCUCUACGACUACAACGCUGAACGGCCAGACGAACUCUCACUCCGCGAACAAUCCAUCGUCUACAUACUCCGCAAAAAUGAUGACGGAUGGUACGAAGGCGUCCAUGAUGGCAAUACCGGUCUAUUCCCCGGAAACUACGUUGAGAAAAUGGCCAAU